GCCACGUCUCGAUUUCCUUACUUAUAUUAUAGUUACUCGCUUAAUUCCACAUCACAAGCAACAAUAUAAUAAAUAUUAUUAUAAGCGAGAAAUGCCUUCUUGGAGAAAGGACUUCAAAAAAGAAUGGAUAAUGUUGAAAGAAAAAAAAAUCAAUCAUAAUUACGUAAUUGAUACAGAAAAGUGGAUUUGCGGAUGUUUAGGAUUUUUAAUCAAUCGAUUUUUUCUUUGUAAACAUUUAAUUCAAGCAUCUCAAUUUACAAUUAAUAAGUCUUUUUUUGAAAAUAUUCAGCGACAAGGAGUCUAUCCUUUUGUAUUUUUACAAUCGCAACAUAUAUUACAACAAUCUUCAACACAAUUAAUGCAAUCAAAUACAGUCGAUAAUAUAACUGAUAUUAAUUCAAACGAUGAUGACAAUACUGAAUCAUCACAAAUAUUCGAAGAAUAUAAAUCAUUACUUCGUGAUGCACUUGAAAUUGUACAAGAACAGGAAAAUUCCAAUAAUGUUCAAUGGGCGCAAUCGGUUCAAGGAAGUUUUAAAGGCGUACAAAAUUUAGUGAUGGACAUUAAAUCAUAUAAAAGAAGAAUAACCAAUCCACGUACUUGGAAAGACCAUAAUCGACAUACAAUGUUUUUAAAUUUACAAGACGCGUAUUUUAAAUACUAA